CUUUGCCGGCUUUUUUUUCUCUCUCUAAUAUUUCCAACAGAAAUGCUUUGCUAAUGCUAUGAGGUGCGGCUGUGGCUUUGCUGUUUUUUUCCAGAGUUAGCCUUUCUUUCUGUGCAUCCUGGCUCUUUGAAAUCCCAACUGAAUUUGGAGAAAUUAUUUGUUGGCAUCCAACCUCCUUUCCUGGAACAGAAUGUGAUGCUGACGACACAGCCCAGUCACUCUACUUGACAACAAGUUUGUUUGUCUCAUUUCACAUACAUAUUCAGUGGUGAGUAAGAACAGGAGUAGAAAGCCUUACUUAACACAGUUUAUUAUAUGUUUCACGCCCGUGAUAAUGACUUUUAUAACGCCACUUGUGAAAAAAUUGGUCAGAUUAGGAUGAAUCACCUCAAUGGGGCCAACAGUUAUUGGAAUGAUUCUCCACGUGUGACUUCGUUGCACUAUUACAAAAUGUGGCAGGAUAGACCUGCCCAGCCAUUGUGCCGAUGCUUAUUUGUAAUGCUGCCUUAAGGAGAUGAGGAGAUGAGAGCCAAUUGUUCCAGCAGCUCAGCCUGCCCUGCCAACAGUUCAGAGGAGGAGCUGCCAGGGGGACUGGAGGUACAUGGGAACCUGGAACUCGUUUUCACAGUGGUGUCCACCGUGAUGAUGGGGCUGCUCAUGUUCUCUUUGGGAUGCUCCGUGGAGAUCCAGAAGCUGUGGUGGCACAUCAGGAGACCCUGGGGCAUUGCUGUGGGACUGCUCUGCCAAUUUGGGCUCAUGCCUUUUACAGCCUAUCUCCUGGCCAUCAGCUUCUCUCUGAAGCCAGUCCAAGCUAUUGCUGUUCUCAUCAUGGGCUGCUGUCCCGGGGGAACCAUCUCUAACAUUUUCACCUUCUGGGUUGAUGGAGAUAUGGAUCUCAGCAUCAGUAUGACAACCUGCUCCACCGUGGCUGCCCUGGGAAUGAUGCCACUCUGCAUCUAUCUCUACACUUGGUCCUGGAGUCUUCAGCAGAAUCUCACCAUUCCUUACCAGAACAUAGGAAUUACCCUUGUGUGCCUGACUGUCCCUGUGGCCUUCGGUGUCUAUGUGAAUUACAGGUGGCCAAAACAAUCCAAAAUCAUUCUCAAGAUUGGGGCCGUUGUUGGUGGGCUCCUCCUUCUGGUGGUUGCAGUUGCUGGUGUGGUUCUGGCAAAAGGAUCUUGGAAUUCAGACAUCACUCUUCUGACCAUCAGUUUCAUCUUUCCUUUGAUCGGCCAUGUCACGGGUUUUCUGCUGGCACUUUUUACCCACCAGUCUUGGCAAAGGUGCAGGACGAUUUCCUUAGAAACUGGAGCUCAGAAUAUUCAGAUGUGCAUCACCAUGCUCCAGUUAUCUUUCACUGCUGAACACUUGAUCAAGAUGUUGAGUUUCCCAUUGGCCUAUGGACUCUUCCAGCUGAUACAUGGAUUUCUUAUCAUUGCAGCAUAUCAGACGUACAAGAGGAGACUGAAGCACAAACAUGGAAAAAAGAACUCAGAUUGUAUACAAGUCGGCCAUACGAGGAAAUCAACUUCUUCCAAAGAGACCAAUGCUUUCUUGGAGGUGAAUGAAGAAGGUGCCGUCACUCCUGGGCCACCAGAGCCAGUGGAUUGCCACAGGGCUCUGGAGUCAAUUGGCCACAUCACUUCAUGUGAAUAGCAGGGACUUGCUGGCUGCACUGGCCCCCUUCGUUUUCAGCAGCCAGUUAAGACAGUGUGCAGCUGAUACAUGAAUCUUUUUGUUAGGGCCAGUGUGACUAUUUCAAUCUCCAAUGUUAGAAUAUUUAUAUUUCCAUGUGGAUUGUGAAUUGUGAUAGGAUCACUUUUGGAGAUCCCCAUUUGAGGAAGUUUCUUCUGGGGGUUAACAUAACGUAUCAGUGAGCUGUCUUGUGUGUUCUUGUCUUCCCACGUAGCAAAUAGUACCUGGCAGUAGGUAAAAUCCCGCAUGAUGGGAACUCAUCCUCAUGUUGUGGGUUUUAAUUUAAGAAGAGUUAGGACUCUAAGUAGAGGAGAUGUCACCUCAUACUGCAGGGCGACGCAGACCUAUGUGACUUCUUGACUCUGGACAGGUCCUCUGGUGCACUGGAGGGUGGGAAAACACAUAGCUCUUAUAAUAAAUGGGGCACUUUUCUCCAAUGAUUAUUAUUUUUAAGAAAUUGAAAAUACUUUUUGAUUAUAGAUGUAAUACAAGCUUGGAGAGAAUUUAAAAAACAUGUAAGUUUAAACAUGGAAUGCCCUGUAUUUUCACUCUGUAAAGACAGACACAAGUGGCUGGGGGCACUGGCUCACGCAUGUAAUUGCAGCAUUUUGGGAGGCUGACGUGGGCAGAUCAUCCGAGGUCAGGAGUUCAAGACAAGCCUGGCCAACAUGGUGAAACCCCAUUUCUACUAAAAAUGCAAAAAUUAGCCAAUUAGCCAGGCAUUGUGGUGUACACCUGUAAUCCCAGCUGCUUGGGAGGCUGUGGCAGGAAAAUCACUUAAACCCAGGAAACAGAGCUUGCAGUGAGCUGAGAUCACACCACUGCACUUUAGCCUGGGUGACAAAGUGAAACUCUGACUAAAAAAAAAAAAGACACAUGCAUAUCCUUCUAAGCUGUGUAUGUAUACUGUAUCAUUUUAUUUUUAAAAAUUGACGUAAUUCCACGUAUUGUUUUGUAAGUCACUUGACAUAUUCUGGAACAUCUUUGAGUGUCAGUCUGUGUUGACCUACCUCAUUCUUUAGAAUAGUAGCUACAUAGAAGUAUUCCAUUGCAGGGAAGGACUGUAAUUUGUUUAAUCACCCCUUAUUCAUGGACACUUGAAUAGCUUUCAGCUGAACAGUAUUACAGUGCAGCUACUACAAACACUCUUGCCCUUAGAUGCAAGUAUUUCUGUAGGCUUACUUCCUAUGACUUGAAUUUACAAGCCAAUCGCUCACCGAGAUGCAGGACAAAUUGCUCUCCGGCAAUGUUGUACAGCAGUGCCCGAGAGGGCCUGGUUUCCCACAGCCUCACCAGUCAAAUGAAUGAUCAAUUUUGAUUUGUCAAAACAUCUCAUUUAACAUUUUAUUUAAAAAUUGAAUGAACUAAAGCAUUUUUCACAAUCACGUGCCUGCUUACGUCCUUUGCCUGCUUUUCUAUUGUAUCUUUUCCUUUCUGAUGUGCAGAUUUUGACCCAUAAUGACAGUGACAAUGUGUCCUAUGUGUUGUCGACAUUCUAUCUACUCUUUUAUAUUUUGUUAUUCUCUAAUGUCUUUUGUGGUAAAGAGUUUUAUUUUUUUAAUAUAUUCAGCAUAUCAAUCUUAUUAAGAAUUUUUUUUGGCUCUGAUCUCUGUCAAUGUUAACCUAUUUAUUUGUGUGAAUUGUGAAUUGUGAUAGAAUCUUUUUUUGAGAAUGUAUUUGGCCCCUUUUCAGGGAGCUCUUUUUGGGGUCUUAUGCAACAUAUUUACUAGCGGCUGUGUGUACUUCUUGACUUCCCAUAAAAUAAAUGGUGGCUGGCAGUAGGUAAAAUCUGUCCUCUACUAGACAUUAUUAAAAAUAUUUUCCCGUGUGUUUUCUAAUACUUUGGUGGAGUGAAUACAUACAUAUUUAUUCUAUUUUGAAUUUAUUGUUCAUAUAGCAUAAUUUUUUUUGUAGUUAAUUAUCUAAACAUCGUAUAUUGAAUCAUUAUUCUUUUAUCUACUGAUUCGAAAUGCUACCUUUAUCACAUAACUUCCUCCAUAAUGUGUUUUUGUUGGGAAUCUGUUUGGUUCCAUUUUGUGUCUAUUCUUAUUUGUAAGUUUUGAAAUGGGUGAGAAAGUGUUUUGAGAUUUAAUGUUUAUAAUUUUAUUUUGUAAGUAUUCCCAAUAACUUGUGGGUUAAUGUGAUGACAAUGAUUAUUGUAUUUUCCCACUAAUUCAGAAAGCCUUUGUAGUAGGACAAAAGGAGCCCCAUUAGGUCUUAGAGUCAUGGCACAUUUUAUAUGGAAAAGAACUGUGCAGAUUUAUGACUCAAUGGUUAAUUUUCAACUGUUGCUUUACUAUUUUGAGAUUCCCUUUUAUCCAUGUGAUAAAUGUUUAUGUAAUGAAAAGCUAGUCUGUUCUAUGUUCAGACACAUGGGACAUAAACAGUAAUGAGGCAGAAAGGGUUCCUGCCCUCACGGAGUUUAUAGUCUAACAGGGAAAUAGAUCACUGCAAUGAACACAGUUAGGAGAGUUGCAAGUAACACAGAUUCCCAGUUCUAAAAUGAAUAUUAUUAUGAGUUUUUGUUUGUCCAUUUUUAUUUUUGAAGAGUCUUGCUCUGUCAUUCAGGCUGGAAUAGAGUGGCGUGAUCUUGGCUCACUGCAACCUCUGCCUCCCAGGUUCAAGUGAUUCUUCUGCUGCCUCAGCCUCCCCAGCAGCUGAAACUUAUGGGCACCUGCCACCACGCCCUGCUAAUUUUUGUAUUUUUAGUAGAGAUGAGGUGUCACCAUAUUGACCAGGGCUGGUCUUGAACUCCUGACCUCAGGUGAUUUGCCCACCUUGGCCUCCCAAAGUGCCGAGAUUAUAGGCGUGAGCCACCACGUCUGGCCUCCAUGAGUUUUAAAGAAUCCACAAAAAAUAAAUAUCUAAAUUAUUUCUCCACAUAGACACCUAGCACAAAACGGUAAAAUUCAAUGCUGUCUGAAAGCAUUAACAACAUGGUCAGUAUUUACAACAGUCAGGACAUUCUAAGGAUGAGGGACAGGUCUAUGAAAGGCCAUCCUUUAAGACAGAAAAAAUACACAUUAAUGUAAGGGCUUGAAAGUACUCCUGUCAGAAGAUGGCCAUCUGCAUAGAUGGUCUGUAAACAUGUUACAGAGACCUUGAAAUAGUGAAGCUGUUCAGAAGGCCACAUGUUAUCUUUAGAACAAAAAUAUAACUGGAAAAAAGUCUUACUUGAGUAAAUUGCAUUCUAAUUGAUCUAAAUAAUCAUGAGUUAAUAAAAGCUGGGACCUACCUGAAACUCAGAAAUGGGGCCAGAGAAAUCAUGUCAAGCAGAAUGAGUCCAUGUCUAAGAGGACAGAGGCAGCUGUGGAUGGUCGGGGCAGCAGAGUGCAGCGGAGAGAACACAGGCCACAUCAGGGCUGCCUGCAUUCCACUUAUUUUAUUUAUUUAUUUUUUUUAGAUUAGAGUUUUGUGUUUUGUUCUUGUUGCCCAGGCUGGAGUGCAAUGAUUCCAUCUUGGCUCACUGCAACCUCCACCUCCUGGGUUCAAGCAAUUUUCCAGCCUUAGCUUCCCAAGUAGCUGAGAUUACAGGUGCCCACCACCAUGCCUGGCUAAUUUUUGUAUUUUUUUUUUUUUAGUAGAGAUGGGGUUUCGCCAUGUUGGCCAGCCUGCUCUCGAACUUCUGACCUCAGGUGAUCCAUCUGUCUCAGCUUCCCAAAGUGCUGGGUUUACAGACAUGAGCCAUGGCGCCCGGCCUGCAUUCCACUUUAAUAGCUAGGAUGCCUCUAGAACUGUGGGUUGAAAUCAGUCGGAGCUGAAAUUGAACCUUUACCUCAGUUAUCUGGGGAACUUUGGGCAAGUGACAAUCCCCCUGGGCUUCAGAUUCCUCUCUUAAAAUGGUUGAUAACACAUUCAAUCCUGGGCACCCUGAAAAGGAGGCAAGGUGAAAACACCUGGUCCGAUGCAUAAGUGAUCAAUACAUGUUACAUCCCCUUCUUUUUCUUGUGUAAUCGGAAAUAUUCCUUGUGUAGAGAAUCACUUAGCCUAACCCAGUUAAUGAAUCAUAUGUAAGUCUCUUGGUAACCUUCCCAUCGGCCUUGGCCUGUGCUUUACCCAGCAGGAGGAGCCCUCUCUGAAUGUUCAGCCUUCUUCAUUCUGCUAGAACCACCUACAGCUUCCUUGUAAGCUAAUAAAUCAGCAGCAUGGUUUAUCAGUGUCCUGAAGGUUUGCUUAGCACGACCUUUGGAGCAUAGUUACAUUUUGGUUGAAUAAAUAAAACUGUCUCUAAACCUGCAAAAACUGAAGACUACUUUUAAAUACUUCCUAUCCGUGAAUCUCUUCAAUAGUUACAUAUUCAGAUACUUCUAAAUUUGUAAGAAGAUCUUGAAAGAUUGACACAGUGUUCGCUACCUUGUAAGGAUGGUAGAAACUGAGGCAGAACUGGAAAGGCAGACACUGCUUGCUGCUACCCUGUAUCAAUUGCUGUUUUUGUCCUUAUGAACAGAACCAAGAUUUUGUUCAGGACAACAACAUAUCUAGCUAAAAAUAACUUUCUUGAAGCUAGAGAUGGGCAUGGGACAGCUUUUGCUAAUAAUACAGAAGCAGAAGUCUGCCCUUGUCUUCUGGGAAAUUUCGCUUUCUUGCCCUAGGCACUGACUGACCCCUUCUCCCUGUCAACUCCUGUUUCUUUUUUUUUUGAGACGGAGUUUCGCUCUUGUUACCCAGGCUGGAGUGCAAUGGCGCGAUCUCGGCUCACUGCAACCUCCGCCUCCUGGGUUCAGGCAAUUCUCCUGCCUCAGCCUCCUGAGUAGCUGGGACUACAGGCACGCGCCACCAUGCCCAGCUAAUUUUUUGUAUUUUUAGUAGAGAUGGGGUUUCACCAAGUUGACCAGGAUGGUCUCGAUCUCUUGACCUCGUGAUCCACCUGCCUCGGUCUCCCAAAGUGCUGGGAUUACAGGCUUGAGCCACUGGGCCCAGCAAUUCCUGUUUCUUUUCUGGAAUGUGGAUGUAAUAGCUGGAGCUGUGGCAGCCACUUCCAGGCCAUAAAGGAAAGGCCAAGGAUAAUUAGAGAGCUGUUGACAUUCUUGAGCUAUAGAAUUAACUGCCUACUUCUGAGCAAAUGCCUUCUUCUGAACUUGGUUUCUUAAUGAAAGAAAAUAAACUCUUAAGCCCUUUAGAAUUUGUGAAAGAAAAAAAACCAAAAAAUCUUGGGAUCCCAAUUCACUAUGCCAAAAGGAAAACAAUGAAGCUGAAAGCUGAGCCAUGCAAGAAACUGCCUUUUCUUUUGUUCCUAAGCAGAUAGCUACAGAUAAAGGUUAAAUAUCUCCACAGGUAGUUACUCUAUCUUAUCUUAUAUACUGAGUGCAAGAUAAAUACAUAACUAUUUUCCUAUCUGCUCCUUUUCUUUUGCAACAUGUGAGUUCAGUAAUGUGACCAUAUCCCUCCUCUUUCCCCUCCAGCUCACUUUUCUCCUUUAAAUAUUGAAGCCCUCAAACUCAUCUUUGGAGAAAGGCAUAGACCACAGACUGUUUCUGUGAUUCUGUUUAAUUUCUUCCAAGCAUAUCCUUAACCUUGGCGAAAUAAACUUUUAAAUUGAUUGAGACCUGUCUCAUAUACUUUUUGAUUUACAACUUGUAAGGCUGUUUGAUUGGUUUUGAUUACUUGUAGUCAAAUACAAUCUCAAAUUGAUAAAGUAAAGCUUCGAUUAGCUUAGAAAUAUUAGCCAGAUCAGCCCAUAAUUUGUUGCAUUUA